AUGCGCUUCAAUCCGCUCUUGCGGAGGAGCGGGACGAACUGGUGGUCCCAAGUCUGGAUGACCGAGGUCCAGAAGCGCGGUCGGACUGUGUCGCUCGGAAGCAUCGUGUUGAAGAUCUUCCAACCACCUCUUCUCCCGUCUCCCUACUUGGGUGACCAGAGAUAUGUAACCGUCGAGUGUCCGAACCCUAGACGAUUGGCGCGGAUCGAGAAUUUGGCUUAUACCGAGUUGGGAUCGCUACAAGGAUCUGUGAUACCGUAUUAUUAUGGGCUCCAUAAGGCGAGUUUCGAUCAUUACUAG